AUGACAGGAGGUGAGAAAGCACCUACAGUAAAGGACGUUGCUCAUCAGCAAAAGCUAGAUGGAGAACGUUUAUCAGUUCUGGAAAAAGAUGUCGUCGACAUCAAACUCAAAAUGACUUCAAUCGAAGAAACUUUGAGUCUCCAAUUUUCUACACUUUGCAAACACCUAGGUGCUUCUCCUCCUCCAGAUCCAAACGGUUCAACCCAAGAAAUUCCUUCCGGAAGUGAUUCUGAUCAUCGUACUGGUUUUGCUCUAACUUCAAGUAAUAUCACUCGCCAACCUAAGAUCGAUUUUCCUCGUUUCGAUGGUUCUAACCCGAGAGAUUGGAUUCGCAAAUGUGAAAGAUAUUUCUACUUAAGUUCCAUCGACAAUUAUAAGAGAGUUGAUAUUGCUUCUAUUCACUUAGAUGAUAAGGCUGAUAUGUGGUUCUUAGAUUAUCAGGAGUGUAAAUUGUUUAUUGAUUGGAAUACUUUUGCUUAUGAUGUGUGUUGUCGAUUUGAAGAUGUUGCCUAUGAUAACUAUGUGGGUAGUUUUAAUAAAUUAUCUCAGACUACUACUGUAGAAGAAUACUAUGAAAGGUAUGAAUCCUUAAAAGCUGUAAUGAAGGCUAACAAUAGAAAUCUCUCUGAUGAUUAUUUCACCAUGAGUUUUAUCAGUGGACUUAAGGAAGCAAUCAAAAAUCUUGUGCAAAAACCCACUACAGAUUCUGAGGCCUUUUACUUAGCCAGAAUGCAGCAAGCUUCAGUUGAAUCUCAAUCUAAGAGAUAUAAAACUUUCCCCAGACAAUUCCAACCCUCCACCAUCUCAUUUUCUCCCACUUCACACUAUAAGCCUUCACUACCACCUCUCACAAAUAUUCCUAGACCAUCUUUUUCUCCUGAUAAACCUACCAUUACCCAUCCCCUUACACCAACUAAACCUGAGCCACCUCUACCUCCUAUUAAAAAACUUACUCCGGUUCAAAUGCAAGCUAGAAGGGAUAAAGGUCUAUGCUACAAUUGUGAUGUGUUUUACAAGCCAGGCCAUCGAUGUAAAUCACAACAGUUAUUCAUGUUAGUGGCUUCUGAUGAGGAUCCUGCAUCUCCACCUAUUGAGGAUUUUGAGGAAGAGACAGUUUCUCCUUCAACUUAUGGAGAUACAACCAUGGAGAUAUCUCUUCAUGCCUUAACUGGCCUUGUUACACAACACACUAUACGAGUUCCAGGUAAACUCUUGCAUCAAGAUAUUUUUGUCCUGAUUGAUACAGGUAAUACUCACAGCUUUGUUGAUGCUGCUUUGGCUGAGAAAUUACAUUUACACAUUGCUCCAACUGGUCAGAUGCUAGUUAUUGUUGCUAAUGGUGACACUAAUGUCAUCCAUGGUGUUUGUCAGAACUUACAAUGGUCUAUGCAGGGAUUCAAAUUUUCUAGUGAUUUGAGAGUACUACCUUUAGGUGGUUGUGACAUGGUUUUAGGAGUUGACUGGAUGAAAACAUUAGGUGAUGUGGUUUUUAAUUUAGCUGAUCUUAAGGUCUCCUUUCAGCAUCAAGGGAUACAAAUUACAUUACAUGGUCAUACUGAUAGGCCCUCUUGCAGGUUACUCAGUGGUGAAUCAUUUCUCAAAUUCCUUAAAAAUAACACUCAUACUAUAAUUGGGCAAUUUUUCUCCAUCUCAGCUACUCCCAUUUAUUCUCCACCUCCAGAGAUUACCUCUCUUCUCCACAUCUAUGAGGAUGUAUUUCAAUCCCCAUCAAUACUUCCUCCUCCCAGAGACAUUGACCACAAAAUUCCCUUAAAACCCGACUCAAUACCUACUUCUCAAAGACCCUACAGAUGCCCCUACAUUCAAAAGGCAGUGGUGGAGAAAUUAGUUCAAGAAAUGUUAGAUGCUGGUAUUAUUCAGGACAGUACAAGUUCAUUUGCUGCUCCCAUUUUAUUGGUCAAGAAAAAGGAUGGCUCAUGGAGGUUCUGUGUGGACUACAUAAAACUUAAUGAUAUGACCAUUAAGGAUAAAUUUCCCAUUCCUCUCAUUGAGGAAUUGCUUGAUGAACUAAAUGGCUCUUCCAUUUUUACUAAAUUGGAUCUUACAGAAGGCUACCACCAAAUCAGAAUGCAUCUGGAAUACAUCUACAAAACUGCUUUCAGAACUCAUCAUGGUCACUAUGAGUUCAAAGUGAUGCCUUUUGGUAUGACAAAUGCACCUGCUACAUUUCAAUCUCUGAUGAAUAAAGUUUUUCAUCCUUUCCUCAGGAAGUUUGUGUUAGUAUUUUUUGAUGAUAUACUUAUCUACAACAAGUCUCUUGAAGAACACUUACUUCACUUAUCUCAGGUGUUAGACCUAUUAAGACUACACAGUCUUUUUGCUAACUUCAAGAAAUGCAACUUUGCUCAACCUCAGUUGAACUAUUUGGGUCAUCUUAUAUUUGCUGAUGGAGUUGCUGCUGACCCUGAGAAGCUAGCAGCCACGCAAACAUGGCCUCAACCCCAAAAUUUGAAAUAA